GCUCGUGGGACACCGCGUGUCCCGGCUGGAUGCGCAGCCGCCUCGGUACCCAGCCCGGCCCAAUUUCCGGGCGGCUCCCGGCUCAGAGGCGGAGCCCGGACGGGGAGGAAGUUUGGUCAUCUGACUCGGUGACCCGGGCACGGACGCUUCUUUCCCUGCAGCUGGGGCAAGAAGUCAGGUCCGAAGACUGCCGGGACAGACCUCGGAGCAGCCAUGCGACAGUGCCCGCACCUCUUCCCCGGGCUGCUGCUGGCGCUGGCGGCGCAGGCGGCGCAGGCGGCGCAGGGCCGGGCCCAGCAGGGACCCGCGCUGUGGCCGUACCCGCGCUCCGUGCAGAUGUCCCCGCAACUGCUGAACAUCGCCCCGGACAAGUUCCUCUUCGUCCACGGUCCCAAUUCCACCGCGGACCCCUUCUGCUCGCUGCUGCAGGAGGCGUUCCGGAGAUACUACAACUACAUUUUUGGUUCCUACAAGUGGCAUCAUAGCCCUGUUAUCUCUGGAGAUGAACCACAGUUACAGCGACUUCAGGUCACAAUUACCCUUGAGUCACAGUGUGAUUCCUUCCCUAAUAUAUCUUCAGAUGAGUCAUAUUCUCUACUUGUGCAAGAACCAGUGGCUUUCCUCAAGGCCAACAGUGUUUGGGGAGCAUUACGAGGUUUAGAGACGUUUAGCCAGUUAGUUUACCAAGACUCUUUGGGGGCUUUCACCAUCAGCAAAUGCACUAUUACUGAUUCUCCAAGGUUUCCUCACAGAGGAAUUUUAAUUGAUACAUCCAGACACUACCUGCCCAUGAAGACAAUUUUAAAAACUCUGGAUGCCAUGGCUUUUAACAAGUUUAAUGUUCUUCACUGGCACAUAGUGGACGACCAGUCUUUCCCUUACCAGAGUACCACUUUUCCUGAGCUAAGCAAUAAGGGGAGCUAUUCUUUGUCUCAUGUGUACACACCCAAUGAUGUCCAUAUGGUGCUUGAAUAUGCCCGCUUCCGAGGGAUUCGAGUUAUACCAGAAUUUGAUACCCCUGGUCAUACACAGUCUUGGGGAAAAGGUCAGAAAGGCCUUCUAACUCCAUGUUACAGUCAAAGAAAGCAAACAAAAAAGGUUGGACCUAUAAACCCAAUUCUAAAUACAACUUAUACAUUCUUUACCCAGUUUUUCAAAGAAAUCAGCAGUGUUUUUCCAGAUCAGUUCAUUCACUUGGGAGGAGAUGAAGUGGAUUUUGGGUGCUGGGCAUCGAAUCCAAACAUCCAAAAUUUCAUGCAGAAAAAAGGCUUUGAGAAAGAUUUUACAAGGCUGGAAUCUUUUUAUAUGAAAAAGAUUCUGGACAUCAUAAAAUCCUUAAAGAAGAGCUCCAUUGUUUGGCAAGAGGUUUUUGAUGACAAAGUGGAGCUUCAGCAGGGCACGGUGGUUGAAGUGUGGAAGGGUGAAGAGUAUUUAGAGAAGCUAAAAGAAGUCACAUCAUCUGGCUUCCGGGCAAUCCUUUCUGCUCCGUGGUACUUAGACGUCAUUAGCUAUGGGCAAGACUGGAGAAACUACUACAAAGUGGAGCCUCUUAAUUUUGGAGGCUCUGAGUUGGAGGAGAAACUUGUCAUUGGUGGAGAAGCUUGCCUAUGGGGAGAAUAUGUGGAUGGCACGAACUUUACUCCAAGAUUAUGGCCUCGGGCAAGCGCUGUUGGUGAGAGACUCUGGAGCCCUAAAACCGUCACGGACCUAGGAGAGGCCUACAAGAGACUGGCGGCACACCGCUGCAGGAUGGUCAGCCGGGGCAUAGCUGCACAACCUCUUUUUACUGGAUAUUGUAGCCAUGAGCAUAAAAUGGAAAAGUGAACAGGAAAGUCUACGGCAUUCUGAACUAUAAUCGUGUUGAUUUUGAAAUCAUGUAAAAUUAAUAUUUGUUAGGCGGUUCUUUUUUAAUAAAUCAUCUUUUUAUUGAUUGGA